UUUAUUGUGACCAUUUUCUGCACUAAAUUUAUAUAUCAUUUUUUGUUUUAAAAAAUAAAUAAAUCAAAUUGCUACAUGCACCUAUGUGCUAUGACAGUGACUAUAAUCCCAAUUCGGAUGGGGCAAAGUGAGACAAAGCACCAUAUUUAUCGCUUAAAACAUACACCUGCGCAUACAGUGCUGGUAGUUCCAGCUGUCACGGCAACGCCGGUUGCAAUUCCGCCAUCUCCAGUUCCAGUACUGACCCUGAUGACCCUGAUGACCCUGCUGGGUCUGCUGGUCCUGUUGACCCGGCUGACCCGGCUGAUUCGGCUGGUCCUGCGGUUCAGGGAAUGCAUUGGCCAUUGCUUCGGGGGCGGCCUCGGCUUCAGCAAGGGCAUCGGCAUAGGCAUCGGCGCGCACGACAGUGGUGGCAAAAACAGCGACCAGGGCAAGAGUGCUGAAUGAGAAGAGCUGCAUGUUGAAAAUGAUGGUUGCUGGUAAAUAAAGUAAAGGUGUUUGCGGUUUUGAGUAAAAAAAGAACAAGAGUGCCUAAAGAACUGCCAACUGGAAUACUCGAGAAACCAUGUCUUAUUUAUACAUGUCAUUUUUAGCAAUAGUGGAAGCAGCAUCCUGUAUAUGACAUUGCUGGAAAUGAUUCAUCCUUUUGUGAACAUGCUUUUAAAGCGCUGACAUCCAAUGCUACGCGAAUCAGUUUGUAUCAAAAUCAAAUUUUACUGAGCAUGUCUAUUAAAAAUGUCUUUGAUAAAUAUUCAAUUAAAAU